UCGGCAAGAUGGCCGCUGUUCGAGGCAUGGCGUUUACGAGAAUCUUCGCCAGCCGUUGUGUUCGAGGGUUACGAAGUACUGAAACCAGAUGGCUGAGUGCUGUUGAAGUCCAGAAAGAAGCCGAGUGCGAAACAAGUUCGACAGAAAAAAAUUAUCCAGAGCAUAUUGUAAAUAUUGUCGACAAAAUCUCACAGCUAACACUUGUUGAGACUGCUGAACUUAAUGAACUUUUAAAGGUAGUAUAUGAACUUAAUGAACUUUUAAAGGUGAGAUUGAAAAUUCCCGAUGCCCCAAUGAUGGCGAUGGGAGCGAUGCCUCAGGUGGUGGAACAGACCGAAGUGGCAGAAGAGAAAAAAGAAGAACAGACUGAAUUUACUGUCAAACUCAUGUCAUUUGACGACGGUGGAAAAAUCAAACUGAUCAAAGAAGUGAAAAAUCUGGUGGAUGGAUUGAAUCUUGUACAGGCAAAGAAAUUUGUAGAAAGUGUUCCACAAGUCUUAAAAGAAAACAUCAGCAAGGAGGAUGCGGAUAAACUGAAAAACCAAAUAGAAGCAGCAGGGGGAACAGUGGAAAUAGAAUGAAGUGAAAUGGCUCAAAGUGAGCAAUAUCCAUCGUGAUAGCCUAUGGACUGACUGGCUUGUAUGCUUGGAAACAAAUCGCAGGAAAAUAAGUCACUUCCAACAAACUCUUAAGCAGAUAAAAAUAAAGAUUUGUUAAACUUGAAAAUAAAACAAAUUAUUUCGAAAACUCUG